CAUUGCCUUGGCUAUAUCUGCAGGUCCACGCUGGAUCCCUCUGCCAACCCUUGUUCGCUCACUGGAUGGAAAGCAAAGAUCUCAUUUCAGAGCCUGCAGCAGAGCAGACGCAGGUCUACAGCAAUCCAACACCUGGAGAAGGAGGCUGUGGCCCUCCCCAACACCUGCUUGCAGCUGGAGACAUGAGGUCCCCACCUGCCCUGGCCGUCCUGCUGCUCCUCAUCCUGCACCUCACAGCUGGGGCGUCUGCAGCACCGAGUUAUGUGGUCACGUCCCCAGCUGUGAUCUACCACCCCCACACAGCGAUGCUGUGGGUGCAUCUCAGUGGCCUGCACGAGCCCGUCCAGGUGACCAUCCAGCUGCAGAGAAAAGACAGGACCCGUAACAUUAUCCUGCUGGAGAGGAAGGUCCAAGAGCCUCAACUGCACCUGAACAUCACCUUCCCUGCUCCAGCCCCCACCGAACAGAAGGAGGAAAUCGUAGACCUGCACAUUUCGAUCCAGGGAGAUUCCCUGGAUGUCUCCAAGAAGAAGAAGGUGAUGCUGAGAGCCCUGGAGCCUGGGAUCUUCAUACAGACAGACAAGGUUGUCUACAAGCCUGGACAGCAAGUGAAGUUUCGAAUUGUCUCUUUGGAUAAAGACUUCACUCCCAGUAGUAAGAAGCUGCCCCUUGUGUUCCUGAAGGAUCCCAGCGGGAACCGCAUUGCGCAGUGGCGGGAGGUGAGCCCACGGCAGGGCAUCGUGGACCUGUCCCUGCCGCUGGCUGCAGAGCCGGCUCUGGGCACGUACACCAUCGAGGUGGAGGGGAAGAGACACUCCUUCAGCGUGAAGGAAUAUGUGCUGCCCAAGUUUGAGGUGACCAUUGAUCUCCCUGCUGUGGUGCUGGAGAAGGACAAGAAGUUCCAUAUGGAGAUUUGUGGACGGUACACCUACGGAAAGCCCGUCCAGGGGAAGGUCCAGGCCAGCUUGUGCCAGCCCUUCAGGCACGUGGGGAUCCUGAACAGACUUCACGGUGCCCCCCAGAAAGAGAUGAACUGCAUCGAGGUUGGCGGGCAGACCGAGAAGAAUGGCUGCUUUUCAACUGAGGUUUUGUUGACUGCCUUCAACCUGACCAGCUCCAUGUAUCAGAAGGAAUUCCAAGUCCAGGCAUCGCUGGUGGAGGAUGGGACAGGGUUGGAGCUGAACAACACCAAGAGCUGCAAGAUUUUACCUGAAAUCCUCACUGUCACCUUCGAAAACACUGACGAUUUCUACAAGCCUGGCAUGCCCUACACUGGGACGAUGCUGCUGAAGAGAGCCGACGGUGCUGUGCUGCCACAGAAGCAGCUCUUGCUCAUCGUUGGGCAGCAAGGAAAAGAUACAAGACAGACCUUCCUGACAGACAGAUCAGGGAGAGCCUCCUUUGAGCUGGAGACCUCUGGCUGGAGUGGCACGGUUUUCCUGCGUGGUCAAGUCAACGAGGAAGCUCACACCCAGAAUGACAGCUCGACACUCAUCUACCAAAAUGCCCACAGGCACCUCCACCCCUUCUUUUCGGCAAGCAGGAGCUUCCUGCGGAUCCGCCGGCUAGAAAGCGAGCUGCCGUGCGGCCGGCCCCAGCAGCUCUGGGUGGAUUACAUCCUCAGCAAGGACGCCUUGGGGACGCAGCAGGAGAGCCUGGAUGUGGUCUUCCUGGUCCUGGCCAAGGGGACCAUCGCCUCCGUCCUCAGGAGAGAGCUCCCUGCAGAGGCUGGGCUGAGAGGCUCCUUCUCCCUGGAGCUGCCCAUCGGCCCCGAGCUGGCACCCACGGCCAAGGUGCUGGGCUACGUGGUGCUGCCUAACGGCGAGAUGGUGGCUGACAGCACCGAGCUCAAGGUGGCCAAGUGCUUCCCCAACAAGGUGAAGAUAGCUUUUUCGGAGGACAGGGCUCUGCCCAGCUCAGCGCUGCGGCUGGAGCUGGAGGCUGCCCCGGGGUCCCUGUGCGCCGUUCGUGCCGUGGACCGCAGUGUGCUGCUCCUGAAGCCCGAAGCUGAGCUCAGCGUGGAGGCGGUCUACAAAAUACUCCCUGAAUUCGACUAUCCUAGAAGCAUUCACGACCCAUCACGCUGUUCAGACUUUUUCUGGGACUAUUCCGAAUUUGACAUUCCCAUCGACCCAUUUGUACCGAGAUGGCAAGACUUAUUUCGCCCUUCAAGGAGGCAUCGCUUACCUCCCCUUUCUUGGAGGAAUUCCCAGAUGGACACCUACAAGUUAUUUCAGAAUGCAGCACUGAAACUUUUCACCAAUGCCAAGACCAGCGACGUUUGCAGGACGUUCAGAUCUCCUGGGAUGCCGGGUUACAAUCGUGCCAGAGGUGUCAAGGGUUUAUUGGACACCUCUUUCCUGAGAGGAAUUGAUGUCCCAGACGUAAUGAACCGUGCUCUCCCAGACGUAAUGAACCGUGUUGCCCCAGAAGUAACAGCUAGUGCCAUCCCUGUUGUUGCUGCUCAGGAAGAGCCACUGGCACCCCGGACGUAUUUCCCAGAGACAUGGCUGUGGGAUCUGGUCCCCUUGGGGGAGGGGGGCUCUGCAGAGGUGAUGGUGACGGUGCCCGAUGCCAUCACCGAGUGGGAAGCCGGGAUGUUCUGCACGGCCCCGCUGGGCUUUGGGCUGGCCCCUGCUACCACACUCACAGCCUUCAAGCCCUUCUUCGUGGACCUGGCGCUGCCCUACGCCGUGGUCCGCCACGAAACCUUCACCCUCGUGGCCACCGUCUUCAACUACCUGCGUCAGUGCCUGCAGGUUCAGGUGACGCUGGCGGAGUCGGCAGAGCUGGAGGUGUCAGCGAGUGCGGGCGAGGUGUACAGAGGCUGUGUCUGUGCAGAUGAAGCGAGGACCUUCCGCUGGGGUGUGCGAGCCACCAGCCUGGGGGAGGUGAACAUCACCGUCAGCACUGAGGCCCUCAGCUCCAAGGAGCUCUGCAGUAACGAGGUGCCCGUGGUGCCAGCCCAGGGGCGCGUGGACACCGUGAUAAAGCCCUUGCUGGUGCAGCCCGGGGGGAUCCUGGUGGAGAAGGCUCACAACUCCCUGCUCUGCCAGGAAGUCACUGAAGAAAUCUCCCUGGAGGUUCCUGCAAACAUCUUGGAGGGCUCCCAGCGAGCCCAUAUCACUGUGAUGGGCGACAUCAUGGGCAAUGCUCUGCAGAACCUGGACCACCUCCUGGCCAUGCCCUAUGGCUGUGGGGAGCAGAACAUGGUCCGCUUCGCCCCCAACAUCUACAUCCAGCAGUACUUGGAGAAGACUGGGCAGCUGCACUCUGACAUCCGUGCCAAGGCACAGAGCUUCCUGCAGAGUGGGUACCAGCGAGAGCUGCUCUACAAACAUGAUGACGGCUCUUACAGUGCCUUCGGGAAGAGUGAUUCCAGCGGCAAUACAUGGCUGACAGCGUUUGUCCUCAAGUCCUUUGGGCAAGCCAGAGCCUACGUGUCCAUCGAGGAGCAGCACAUCAUGGAUGCGCUGCACUGGCUGCAGAAGCAGCAGCAGGAGACGGGCUGCUUCCGCAGCGUGGGGAAGCUCUUCAACAAUGCGCUGCAGGGUGGCGUCUCGAACGAGGUCUCGCUGUCGGCUUAUGUCACAGCUGCGAUGCUGGAGCUGGGGCUGUCCCCAACGGACCCUAAGGUAAGCUCAGCCCUGCAGUGCCUGGAGGCUUCGACCACAGACGACCUCUACACGCUGGCACUGCUCGCCUACGUCUUUGCGCUGGCGGGGCGCGGGGAGCAGCUGCAAGCCCGGCUGCAGAGCCUGGCCCAGCACAGCAUCAGCACAGAGGGGCAGCUCUACUGGCAGAGGAAAGGGAAGGCUCUGCCCUCCUCGCAGCCCUCCUGGGCUGCCGCUGCACCGGCAGAGGUGGAGAUGACCUCCUAUGUCCUCCUGGCCUACCUCACCCAGCCCCAAGUGUCCUCCACCCACUUGAUGACGGCUACCCAAAUCGUCCGCUGGCUCACCAAGCAGCAAAACCCCUACGGGGGCUUCGCCUCCACACAGGACACGGUGGUGGCCCUGCAAGCCCUGGCCAAGUACGCCGCCCUGACACAUGGCAGCAACGGGGACUUCACGGUGACGGUGACAUCCCCGAUGGGCACCACCCAGGACUUUGUGCUGCACAAGAGCAACCAGCUGGUGCUGCAGCAGGCGGCUCUGCAUGAGCUGCCGGGGACGUACAGGGUGCUAGCCCAUGGGCAGGGCUGCGCCCUGGUGCAGGUGACCCUGCGCUAUAACGUGCCACCCUCUCCGAGCAAGGGGAUGUUCAACCUCCGUGUGGAGACAGAGCCCAGGGAGUGCACGGGGGAUGCCAGCACCCGCUUCCACCUCCUCCUCUGGGCACGGUACAGUGGGGAGCGUCCCACCACCAACAUGGUUGUCAUCGAGGCCAAGCUGCCAUCUGGUUACAUCCCCAACAAGAGCUCCGUGGUGGAGCUGAAGAGGCAAAAGCUGGUGAAGAAGGUGGAGGUGCAGCCCGACCAGGUGACAAUUUACCUGGAUCAGCUGACGAAGGAGGAGGAGACCUUCACCUUCACCGCCACGCAGGACUUCCCGGUGAGGAACCUCCAGCCAGCCACCGUGACGCUGUACGACUACUACGAGACGGGUGACCGCACGGAUGCUUCCUACAGUGCCCCUUGCAGCUCAGGGGCUGACGGUCAGCAGGAAAACUUCUAGCACAGCCUGAAGCCUGGCAGCUGGUCCCCUCCGCUUGCCCCAACUCCUUCAGCCACCAAGGACUGGGACAGCCGAUGGUCUCCGGCCACGGCCUCUACCCUCCACCGGGGCAGAACGAGGCCCAGAGCUGCUCACAGCACCGCCGGCCCCCAGCACGGCGCGGCUCACUCUGGACUCAGCCAAUUCUCCCUGUUGCGCAGCUCCCACCCCACCAGGACCCACCAGAGCCACAGCCGAGGGACUGCCCCAGACCCACGGGCAGAGACAUCUUGCUGCUCUGUGCCCCGGCCACAGAUAUUUGACUGGUUGAGCAGCCCAGCGGUGGCUUUACAGGGACACCCCAGUGCAUCCCCACCACCACCCCGAGGGAGCUUUGGGGCACUAGGUCUGGCCCCUCUGCUCCCUGCGGCACUGGAACAGGAUCAGGACCUGCCCCCUCCUGUCAGACCAACUGUCCCUUCCCCAGCAGGUCCCCACUGCCACUCACCCCAUCUUGCUCUCCCUGGGAGUCGUGGUGCUGCCCUGCUCCCCUCCCCGGCACUGACACGGUGCCGCUGUCACCAAGAGGGAUGUGGGGACACCUCCUCAAUGCCAUUAAAGCAGAUUCAGGCACUCGUCAACAGAGAGAAGCUGCAGUCCCCCCAGCCCCUGCCCCGGGUCUAAAUAAAUACAUUUGCUCAAGUGCG